GUUUCGAUUCGCACCAAAGAUGGCGGAGAUAUUCACGAACGAGAGGGUGUUUUACAUCUGCAGCUGUGGAUCGAAGCGUCCCAUCGCUAGGAUAUAUUUUUGCAGGCACUGCUCGAAACUGAGAUGUGGCGAUUGCGUCUCCCACGAGGUGGACUCGAACUACUGCUCCAACUGCCUCGAGUACAUGCCGUCACCUGAAGCCAGGAUAAAGAAAAACAGGUGUCAGAGCUGCUUCGACUGUCCGAGCUGCAUGCACGCGCUGUCCGUGCGGGCGACCAGCGUCCAGGUGCAGACGCCGGAAGACCCGAACAAGACCGUGGCCAAAAAAGUGUACUACCUCGCUUGCGGAUUUUGUCGUUGGACCACCAAAGAUGUUGGCAUGGCUGACCAACCCGUCGCCAGUGGAGGAUGGCCGGAGUUUGAAAAUCCCUGGACCAAACGGGUAAGUUCGCUGUUUGAGCACUACCGGAUUGUGGCCCAAAAGGACAAGCAGGAGCGAGACCGCAAGAAGACUGGUCAGCGAUCGGGCUACCUUCAUUACUCCGACCGAUACGGCGUUUCAACGGUGGUUGCCAAGAAGUUUGCUGGACUCGUGGGUCCAGGGAAGAAAGAUGAAGACGCAAAGGUGGCAGAAGAAAUGACGCCGGCCACUGCCACCGAGGAAAUUGAACCACUUCCUGAGAGUUUUUUUACCGAACCUGUGAAUGUUGCUAAAGUGUGCACCAUCAUGCAGCGAUUGAUGCAGCCCGAGUUUCAGCCCACUGUUACGUCGGAACUCUUUCCAAAGCGCAAGCACCUGCUCAUCAAGCGCUCUCAGCGUUGCAGGGAAUGUGAGCACAACUUGAGCAAGCCCGAGUUUAAUCCAUCCAGCAUCAAGUUCAAGAUCCAACUGGCAGCUUUUCAUCACAUUCCGGACAUCAAGAUCAAGUCUGUGACCGAGUUCAAAACGGGAGAAGAGUGCUACGUCGAGCUAUGCGUUCACAACCCGACGCCGCACGUGACUCAUGUGACUUUUCUUCCUCUUGAGGAGCCAAUGAAUGGAACCACGGCAGCGAUCCUCUUGCCAAGCAUCGAGUUCACGCUUCCUGCAAGAGACGACACAGCCGAGUUUGACGACAACAGUGACUCCACUUUUGCAGACGACCCCAACAUCGUCACAUUCCGGAAAGCAAACAAGCUGGGGUUCUACGUGCGGGUGAUUCCGUCGGAACACGACGCGGUCAUUGUGGGUUUUCAGAUGCGUCACGACUUUACCAACAUGGUGGUCCAGUUGCAAACCGAGCAUCGUGAGCCCCAGGUGGUGUGGAUGAACCACAAGCUACUUCUGAAUCUCGGGUCCAGGAACUACAAGCCGGCGGGCUCAUCCUAACCCCUCUCAAUUAGCCGCACCACUUUCGUUCCGCCGCUUUGGAGCGAUCGGGUGCUUAAGCUUCUUUUGGCACGCUUGUCUAUACUUUUCUUUUUGCAUAAAGUAUUUUGUGCGUGGA